AAGUCCCCUCAGAUUAAGAAAAAAAAAAAAAAAAAUCUCUCGGAAACAAGAAUUCAAAAGUUGCACCACCCUCUCUUCAGAUUCGAUGAAGGAAACCUCAAUCAACGGUCGAUGCCUCGAGAAGACUCUCCCGCCUCAUCCCCACCUACCGAAACCCCUGCCGCCACGUGGCGUCCGCGUCUCCUCAGAAGAAUCCACGCAUCAUCAUCAGUCAUCAAUAUCGCCACAGAAAUUCGAUAUGAUGAAACUCAUCCGCCAAAGCGGUAACGCGAUCUCCAAACACCUCUCGAAUCUACACGAAAACGACGACGUUUUCUCGAAGAAUCUCUCUGACGUGACGGAGUUUAAAAUCUCCGGAGUCAAGAUUCUCGUGAAACUCAAAACCGAAGAAGAGAUCAAAGGCAAAAUCACUCUCUUCUCGAGAUCUAACUGCCGAGACUCCACAGCCGUCAGAUCGUUUCUCCGCGACCGUGGAUUCGAUUUCUCCGAGAUCAACGUCGACGUCUACACGCACAGAGAGCACGAGCUGAUCGAGAGGACAGGGAGCUCCCAAGUCCCUCAGAUAUUCUUCAACGAGAAACACUUCGGAGGACUCACGGCGUUGAACUCGUUGCGAAACAGCGGAGGAGGAGAGUUCGAUCGGAGGAUCAAGGAGUUGCUCGCGGAGAAGUGUUGCGGCGAUGACGCGCCGUCGCCGGUGAUUUACGGAUUCGACGACGAGGAGGUUGUUGGUGAUGAUGAGAUGAUGAGUUUCGUUAGGGUUUUGAGACAGAAGCUACCGAUUAAGGAUCGGUUGAUGAAGAUGAAGAUCGUUAAGAACUGUUUCUCCGGCGCGGAGAUGGUUGAGGUAUUGAUUCAUCACUUGGAUUGCGGGAGGAAGCAGGCCGUCGAAAUUGGCAAGAAACUAGCCAAGAAACACUUUAUCCACCAUGUCUUUGGAGAACAUGACUUUGAAGACGGAAGCCAUUACUACCGUUUCCUUGAGCACGAGCCAUUUAUUUCAAACUGUUAUAAUUUUAGAGGCUCUACAAAUGACAUGGAGCCCCAAGAUGCAGUCACGGUUGGGCAGAAGCUAUUCAAAAUCAUGACUGCUAUUCUCGAGUCUUAUUCCUCUGAUGACCGUUCUCGUGUUGAUUACAUGAGAAUCAGUCAGAGCGAAGAAUUUCGGAGGUACUUGAAUUUGGCUCAAGAUCUACAACGGCUGAAUCUUCUCGAACUCUCAACAGAGGAGAAAUUAGCAUUUUUCUUGAACUUGUACAACGCAAUGGUGAUCCAUGCUUUGAUCAGAAUAGGACGUUCCGAUGGAAUGAUCACAAGAAGAUUAUUCUUCACCGAUUUUCAGUACGUCGUAGGAGGCUACUCUUAUUCCCUUAACUCCAUAAGAAACAACAUCCUUCGUGGUGGUCAUAGAAAGUUAUAUCCAUUUAUCAAACCGUUUAUCAGAGGCAACACACAUCAUGAGCUUGGUCUUCAAAAACCGAACCCACUAGUACAUUUUGGGCUUUGUGAUGGGGCCAAAUCAAGUCCAGUGGUGAGGUUUUUCACACCGCAAGGAGUUGAAGCUCAGCUAAAACGAGCAGCUAGAGAAUUUUUCCGAAACGGUGGAAUUGAGGUUGUUUUGGACAAGAGAGUGGUUCAUCUAUCGAGAAUCAUCAAGUGGUAUAAGGAUGAUUUCAGUGAGGAGAAGAAAUUGUUGAAGUGGAUAAUGAGUUAUGUAGAUGCAAACAUAGCAGGUCUUUUAACCCAUCUUCUUGGUGAGGAUGGAGGAGGUUCUGUUCACAUCGUCUACCAAGACUAUGAUUGGUCUAUCAACAGUUGAAACUAGUAUUUAACUAAUUAAUGAUCCAUAUCAUUGAUAUUUUGUAUUGAACUCAUCUGUUUUGAUUAUCUCUUCAUGUUGGCAAAGAACUAUUUAAAAAUUUUGUACAAAUCAGUUUAGUUUAUUAGACUAGAUGGCGAUGAACA